AUGAACGCUCCAAAUGAAGCAGGCACGACACCGAUUCCGGCCGAGAAACGCCAUCUCGCCUUGGCGAGCAGGGCGAAGCCGGUGCGGAUGAACCUCAUGCUCUUGCUCCACAUGAUCUUUGUCGUGUUGCCUUAUGCGUGUAAGCAGACACUAUUAACAGCUGGCUCGCUUGCAGUGGGAUAUGGUGCUAGAUCAUUUGGCUGACGCUCGGAGUUUCCCUUUGCAUUCUGCCUUCUGAAUGCGUGACGCCCCCACCCAUCACUGCAUCCCCGAUCGCCGGCCUACUCGCGAUCCCGACGGCCGGUUUGUGAAAUCUCUGCCCAACCUCGACACGCGUCUUUUUCUCCAAUAAUCGCAUCCUCGAUGAAAUCAACAAACGGAUCAUUUCAGUCGUCAAACUGCCCCUCGAAAUCAUCCUGUCACACAUCAUCCUUCGCUUCCGAUCCAAGAUGGUGCACCUCAUCGGUCGACCUUGGUACGCGGACUACGUUCGUCGUUUAACCCAAUUCGUCCUCUCUCGAACGACGACUGCGCAGGCUCGUGUGAUUUUCAAUCGUACGAAUGCCUACACGCUCGCCUAUGCCGGUGUCGCCUUCAUCGGAUACAAGGAUUGGGUCACGCAAAUUUCGGUCAACGGCACCACGGGUAGGUGGCUGGCCCCUCCGGGAUCGAAGAGAAGCGAGGACGAAGUCGUUUUGUACAUGAUACACGGCAAGUGCUACUCAAAUUAUCUGAUCACGUAUCAUCCUUCUCGAGCCAACCAAAUCACCCAAUGUCUAUGCAGGUGGUGGCUUCUUGCUCGAUACUGGGGGUAACACGCAGAACUAUUUCCUGUACCUCGCGAAGGAGCUCAACCUCCGUCGCAAGGUCAAGUUCUCCAUCUUCCAGCUCGACUAUGGUAGGUUGAUCAACUCCCUCCCGGCCAAUUACUUUGUUUGGGCCGCUGAUUGUGUUGAACAUACCCUGGCACUGAUUCACGAAUGACUAAUUCACACAGAACUGGCGCCAGAGUUCGUCUUCCCCAGUCAGCUCAUCGAGGUGCAAGCUGGUUACCAUUACCUCGUCAACAACCAAGGCAUUGAUCCCAAGAAGAUCGUAGUCGCAGGAGAUUCGGCUGGUCAGUCCUUUGCAGAACUUCUUCUUCCACCACCCUGCGCCGGGCUGACGCAAAAAACAAAACAAAAAACUUCUCAUGCAGGCGGCAAUCUGGCUACGACGUGGCUGCUCCAUGUUGCUCGUCCCUGCUCAUCGAUCACAGUUCCCGAGUCACUCGGCCCUACCCCUCCUCGACCGGCAGGUGCGUUCCUUAUCUCUCCUAUGGUCGACCUCUGCUCGUACCGCCCUUCGCGCAAGGCGAACAACAAGUACGACUUCAUCGACAAUGGAGGCGCCUUUCGUGCCGCGUUGGAGUACAUCGGCGUGCCCAACUCGGCUCCGAUCGGAGUUCCAUCAUGGAACCCUAUUCACUUCUUCCAGUUUCCCAAUGCCCACCCACCCCGUGGGUUCAACAAGGCGCCCAAGUUCGUCGCGGGCAAGGAAGCCAAGGGGCUCGAAUUGCUCGGAUCGCCGUACGCGAACCCCAUUGUUUGCGAGGAUCUCGAAUGGCUCAAGGAGGCGUUCCCCGAUGAUGGUAGGACGCUGAUCAGCUGGGGAGGUAUGGAGGUGUUCAAUGACGACAUCGAGGAGAUCUUUAAGAGGAUGGAGAAGGCUGGGGUCGCGCCGGCCAAGUCGUUCAAGCCUCUUGGCGCUCACGACUGGAUCCUGUUCGAUUCGGUGAGUUAAAGGGGAGCUUAUGUCUCUUGGUUUGGUGCAACCGCCUGUGUGGGCUACCUACUGACGCGAACUCUUCGAUUUGGGUCAGUUCAUCCCGGGCCUUCACAAAACGCACUCCUUCGGCCCCGACCGCGUCGCGACGCACAACACCUCCGUCGUCGCCGACUUCCUGCAAUCCUUCGACGUCCGCAAUCGUCAAGAGUACUAGGCCUCGGCCAAACAGGAUGUCAAGUUGGCACCGCAAGCGAGAGCGCAAGCGAGCGUUCCCAACCCGGAGCCCAAGACGGAAAAGGUGAUGGCGCCGGCCGAGGAAACUCAGGCCAAGGCACCGUCGGGAACGACGCCCGCCAAGGGUGGUAAGGGGACCAAAGCGGGUCAAGGAGAGACGAAGGAGAAGAGUCUCGAGGGUAGUGGUGUCAUGGUCGGAAGGGAGUGGGGCAAGGAGUAA